GCAGCAUAAAAGCCGGUCCAGCACCUCUCUCCCUCCCACCCUUCUCCUCAAGCCUUCUCCUGCCUUCUCUGCCCACAACCAGGGCCCCUCCACACCACACCCAUGGCCUGCUACGACCUCUGCCGCCCCUGCGGACCCACCCCGCUGGCCAACAGCUGCAACGAGCCCUGUGUCAGGCAGUGCCAGGACUCCACCGUCCUCAUCCAGCCCUCCCCCGUCCGCGUCACCUUCCCAGGGCCCAUCAUGACCUCCUUCCCCCAGAGCUCCUUCGUUGGAUCCACCGCAGGGGCUGCCCUGGGCACGGAGCUCAACGUCCAGGGACAGCCCAUCUCCGGCGGCUUUGGGGCCAGAGGCUACGGCCUGGGCUAUGGCCGUGGCUUUGGCUACGGCCUGGGAGGACUGGGCUGUGGCCUGGCAGGCCUGGGCUGCUCCGGCACCUGCUGA